AUGCCAUAUCCCCAGCAUGAUCCUGCUGAGAAGUCGACCUGCACGAGUUGCCAGUUCGCUGAGGAUUUGUCCAACUACUGGACUGCUGUGCUCUUCUUCCGAGCUCGCAACGGCACCUUCAAGCGCGUGCCACAACUGGCCCAAUUCGACAUGCAAGGCCAAAAUGGCGGGAUGGUCGUGUACUACAUGUCCGACGCCCUCUUCGACACGAACCAGCGUUCAAAGGUGACUGCCUUCCGCCCAGGAUUUCGCAUGAUCGUGGGCGACGCUACUUUCAGUACGCGUGAGCAGGCCCGCGAGUUCCGGCAGAUCACCUAUACCUGUAUGGAGAGCCAAAUGUCCCGCGCCCCGGAGACCGUUGGAUUCCCCAAGACCCCAUGCAAGCUGGGCAUCAUGGCAAACCAUCGCUUCCCAACCUGUUGGGACGGCGUUAACCUCGACACUCCUAACCAUCGCGACCAUGUUGCGUACCCGGAGUCUGGAACGUUUGAGUCUGGAGGCCCGUGUCCUGCGUCCCACCCUGUUCGGAUCCCCCAAAUCCUGCUGGAGACAAUCUGGGAUACAAGCCAAUUCAAUAACAAGGAUGACUGGCCUGAGGAUGGCAGCCAGCCGUUCGUUUGGUCGAAUGGUGACAGCACCGGGUACUCGUCGCACGCGGACUAUGUGUUCGGUUGGAAGGGAGACAGCCUGCAGCGCGCAAUGGAUGCUCACACGUAUGUGGUGGCCCCAAUGCUCAAGUCGCAGAGCAUUGCCGAGCAGAAUAGGUGCACCGUGCCCGAUAUGGUUGGGGAGAGCUUCGAUGGGUGGCUGAAGGAGCUUCCUGGUGGAAACCCAAUCUUUUGA